AUGGACAAUUCUUUCUUUUCUGGUUUCUGUUUCUUUUUGCUUUGCAUUCUUUCUUUUUUCUUUUCUUUCUUUUUUUCUUCUUUUUCUUUUUUGCAUUCAUUCUUUUCUGCAUUCUUUCAAAUUUUUGCAUUCUUUAUUUUUUCUUUUAUUCUUUCUUCUUUUUUCUUUUCAUUUUUCGUUUUCUUUUCUUUUUUCUUUUUCUUUUCUUUCUUCAUUCUUUUCUUCUUUUUUUUUCUUUUCAUUCUUUUCUUCUUUUUCUUUCUUUUUUUCUUUUUUCUUUGCAUUCUUUCUUCUUUCUUUUCUUUACAUUCUUUCGUCUUUCUUUUCUUUACAUUCUUUCGUCUUUCUUUUCUUUGCAUUCUUUCGUCUUUCUUUUCUUUACAUUCUUUCGUCUUUCUUUUCUUUACAUUCUUUCUUCUUUCUUUUCUUUACAUUCUUUCUUCUUUCUUUUCUUUGCAUUCUUUCAUCUUUCUUUUCUUUGCAUUCUUUCAUCUUUUCUUUUUCUUUCUUUUCUUUCUUCUUUCUUUUUUUUUCUUUACGUCUUUCUUUUCUUUUGUCAUUCUUUCUUUCUUUCUUUUUUUACAUUCUUUCGUCUUUCUUUUCUUUUGCAUUCUUUUUGUCUUUCUUUUCUUUGCAUUCUUUUCUUUUUUUCUUUUGCUUUUCUUUUUGCAUUCUUUCUUUCUUUUCUUUCUUUUCGAUCUUUUUGUUUCUUUGCAUUCUUUCUUUUUUUACUUUUUUUUUUGCUUUUCUUUUCUUUUUCUUUCUUCUUUCUUUUCUUUUCUUUCUUUCUUUUUCUUUUCUUUCUUUUUCUUUCUUUUUUCUUUUCUUCUUUUUCUUUUUCUUUCUUUUCUUUUCUUUUCUUUCUUUUUCUUUUCUUUCUUUCUUUGCAUUCUUCUUUCUUUUUUUGCAUUCUUUUCUUCUUUUCUUUUCUUUGCAUUCUUUCUUUUAUUUUUUUCAUUUAUUCUUUCUUCUUUCUUUUUUUUUUCUUUGCAUUCUUUUCUUUGCUUCUUUCUUUUUUCUUUUCUUUCUUCUUUCGUCUUUCUUUUCUUUGCAUUCUUUCUUCUUUCUUUUCUUUUUUCAUUCUUUCUUUCUUUCAUUUUUCUUUUCUUUUUCUUUUUUCUUUUCUUUUCUUUUUACUUUUUUUUUCUUUCUUUUCUUUUUCUUCUUUCUUUUCUUUUUCUUUCUUUUUACUUUCUCAUUUUCUUUUCUUUGCAUUCUUUUUCUUUUCUUUGCAUUUUCUUUUUCUUUUUCUUCUUACAUUUCUUUUCAUUCUUUCUUUUUUUCUUUCUUUCUUUUUUUUUUUUUUUCUUUGCAUUCUUUCUUCUUUCUUUUCUUUCAUUCUUUCGUCUUUCUUUUCUUUUUCUUUUCUUUUUCUUUUCUUUGCAUUCUUUUUUCUUUUUUUUUUGCAUUCUUUCUUCUUUCUUUUCUUUUAUUUCUUUCUUCUUUCUUUUCUUUUCUUCUUUUUGUCUUUCUUUUUCUUUUUUCAUUCUUUCGUCUUUCUUCUUCUUUCAUUCUUUCUUCUUUUCUUUUUUUUCUUUUCGUCUUUCUUUUCUUUCUUUUUCUUUUUUCUUUUCAUUCUUUCUUCUUUCUUUUCUUUUCUUUCUUUCAUUUCUUUACUUUUUCUUUUUCAUUCUUUCUUUUCUUUUCUUUUUCUUUCUUUUUCAUUCUUUUUUCUUUCUUUUUCUUUUGUCUUUUCUUUUCUUCUUUUUGUUUUCUGCAUUCUUUCUUCUUUCUUUUCUUUUCUUUCUUCUUUCUUUCUUUCUUUUCUUUUCUUUUCUUUGCAUUCUUUCUUUUUUCUUUUCUUUUCUUUUUCUUUUUUUCUUUUCUUUGCAUUCUUUCUUUCUUUUCUUUUCUUUUUAUUCUUUCUUUUCUUCUUUAUUCUUUCUUUUUCUUUCUUCUUUCUUUCUUUUCUUUCAUUCUUUUUUCUUUCUUUUCUUUUUCAUUCUUUUCUUUCUUUUUUCUUUCGUCUUUCUUUCUUUUUUCUUUCUUUUUCUUUUUUUGCAUUCUUUCUUCUUUCUUUUCUUUACAUUCUUUCGUCUUUCUUUUCUUUCUUUCUUUUUUCUUUCUUUUUUUCUUUUACAUUCUUUCUUCUUUCUUUUCUUUUUUCUUUCUUUUCUUUUUCUUUGCUUUUUCUUUUUUUCUUUUUCUUUUUCUUUUCUUUUUCUUUACAUUCUUUCUUCUUUCUUUUCUUUUUCUUUCUUUCCUUUCUUUUUUUUCUUUCUUUUUUUUCUUUGCAUCAUUUCUUUUUUCUUUGCUUCUUUUUCUUUCUUUUCUUUACAUUCUUCUUUCUUUUCUUUUCUUUCUUUCUUUUCUUUUCUUUUUUUCUUUCUUUCUUUUUUCUUUUCUUUUUCAUUUCUUUUUUCUUUUCUUUUCUUUUCUUUCUUUCAUCUUUCUUUCUUUCUUUGCUUUCUUUUCUUUUUCAUUCGUCUUUCUUUCUUUUUUCUUUCUUUUUCUUUUCUUUUCCCUUUCUUUUUUCUUUCUUUUUGUUUUUAUUCUUUCUUUUUUUCUUUUUUUUCUUCUUUCUUUUCUUUCAUUUUCGUCUUUCUUUUCUUUUCAUUCUUUCUUUUCUUUUCUUUUUUUUCUUUUUUUUCUUUUCUUCCUGUUCUUUCCAUUUUCUUUCUUUUCUUUCUUUCUUUUCUUUCUUUUCUUUUACAUUCUUUCUUCUUUCUUUUCUUUUUCAUUCUUUCAUUUUCUUUUCUUUCUUUUUCUUUUUCUUUCUUCUUUCUUUUCUUUGCAUUCUUUCUUCUUUCUUUUCUUUUACUUUUUCGUCUUUCUUUCUUUUUCUUUUUCUUUUUUCUUUUCUUUUCUUUUUUUCUUUCUUCUUUCUUUUCUUUUUUCUUUUUCUUUCUUUCUUCUUUUUUCUUUCUUUUCUUUGCAUUCUUUCUUCUUUCUUUUCUUUGCAUUCUUUCUUCUUUCUUUUCUUUGCAUUCUUUCUUCUUUCUUUUCUUUGCAUUUUUCUUUCUUUCUUUUUUUUUCUUUUCUUUCUUCUUUCUUUUCUUUACUUUCUUUUCUUUCUUUUCUUUUCUUUCUUUCUUUACAUUCUUUUCUUUUUUUUCUUUGCUUUUCUUCAUUUCUUUUCUUUGCUUUCUUUCUUUAAUUCUUUCUUUUUCUUUCUUUUCUUUCUUUUUCUUUUUUCUUUUCUUUUAUUCUUUCUUUUCUUUCUUCUUUUCUUUUUUUUCUUUUUCUUUUUUCUUUCUUUUCUUUUCAUUCUUUUUUUUUUUUUUCUUUUUUUCUUUCUUUUCUUUCAUUCUUUCUUCUUUCUUUUCUUUUUUAUUCUUUCGUCUUUCUUUUCUUUGCAUUCUUUCGUCUUUCUUUUCUUUCGUUCAUUCUUUUUCUUUCUUUGCAUUCUUUCUUUCUUUUCUUUCAUUCUUUCUUUUUUCUUUUUUCUUUUUCAUUUUUUCUUUUUCAUCUUUCUUUUUUGUUCUUUCGUCUUUCUUUUCUUUGCAUUCUUUUCUUUACUUUUUUCUUUCUUUUUUUUCUUUCUUUUCUUUACAUUCUUCGUCUUUCUUUUUUCUUUCUUUCUUUUUCUUUUUUCUUUCAUUCUUUCUCUUUCUUUUCUUUACAUUCUUUAAGUCUUUCUUUCUUUUCUUUUUCUUUCUUUCUUUUUUCUUUUUUCUUUUACUUUUUUCUUCAAGUCUUUUCUUUUCUUUACAUUCUUUCUUCUUUCUUUUCUUUCAUUUUUUUCAUUUCUUUUUUUCUUUUUCUUCCUUUCUUUUUCUUUCUUUUUUCUUUCUUUCUUUCCUUUCUUUGCAUUCUUUCUUUUUCUUUUUUUUCAUUUUCUUUUCUUUUCUUUCUUUUUUCUUUAUAUUCUUUUUGUCUUUCUUUUCUUUGCAUUCUUUUUUUCUUUUUCUUUCUUUUCUUUCUUUCUUUCUUUUUUUUGCAAGCAUUCUUUCGUCUUUCUUUUCUUUACAUUCUUUCUUCUUUCUUUUCUUUGCAUUCUUUCCUUUCUUUACAUUUCUUUCUUUUUCUUUCUUUUCUUCUUUUUUGUUUCUUUUCUUUUUUCUUUCUCGAUUCUUUUUUCUUUGUUCUUUAUAUUCUUUCUUCUUUUUUUCUUUUCUUCUUUUUUCUUUCUUUCUUUUUCUUUCAUUCUUUCUUCUUUUUUUUUUUUCUUUCGUCUUUCUUUUCUUUACAUUCUUUCUUUAUCUUUUCUUUCAUUUUCUUUCUUUCUUUUCUUCUUUUUCUUUUCUUUUAUUCUUUCUUCUUUCUUUCUUUUUCUUUCUUUUUUCUUUCACUUUUCUUUUCUUUACAUUCAUUAGUCUUUCUUUUUCUUUGACAUUCUUUCAUCUUUCUUUUCUUUGCAUUCAUUCGUCUUUCUUUUCUUUGCAUUCUUUCUUCUUUCUUUUCUUUGCAUUCUUUCUUUUCUUUGCAUUCUUUCUUCUUUCUUUUCUUUACAUUCUUUCGUCUUUCUUUUCUUUGCAUUCUUUCGUCUUUCUUUUCUUUGCAUUCUUUCUUCUUUCUUUUCUUUGCAUUCUUUCGUUCUUUCUUUUCUUUACAUUCUUUCUUCUUUCUUUUCUUUGCAUUCUUUUUCUUUCUUUCUUUUGCGAUUCUUUUUCUUUCUUUUUUCAUUCUUUCUUCUUUCUUUUCGGUCCAUUUUCAUUCUUUCAUCUUUCUUUUUUCUUUCUUUUUUUCUUUCUUUUUCUUUCUUUUUCUUUCUUUUCUCUUUCUUUCUUUGCAUUCGUCUUUCUUUUUUUUUCUUUUUCUUUUUAUUCUUUCGUUUUUUUUCUUUCUUUUUUCUUUCUUUUCUUUCUUCUUCUCUUUUCUUUACAUUUUUCUUUUUUUUUUUCUUUCAUCUUUCUUUUCUUUUCAUUCUUUCUCUUUCUUUUCUUUUUUUUACUUCUUUCUUUUCUUUUUCUUUCGAUCUUUUUUUCUUUCGUCUUUUCUUUUCUUUUUCAUUCUUUUCAUUCUUUUCUUUUCUUUCAUUCUUCGUCUUUCUUUUCUUUUCAUUUCUUUCGUCUUUCUUUUUCUUUCGUCUUUCUUUCUUUUUUUUGUUCUUUCAUUUCUUUCUUUUCUUUUCUUUCUUUUCUUUCUUUCUUUUUUCUUUCAUUCUUUCAUCUUUCUUUUCUUUUGCAUUUUUUCUUUCUUUUCUUUUGCAUUCUUUCUUUUUCUUUUGUUUCUUUUCUUUUUUCUUUCUUUUCUUCUUUCUUUCUUUACAUUCUUUUUUUUUUCUUUUCUUUAUUUUUUUUCUUUCUUUUUUUUUUCUUUCUUCUUUCUUUUCUUUGCAUUCAUUCUUUUCUUUCUUUUUCUUUUCCAUUUUUUUCUUUCUUUUCUUUUUUUCUUUUUUUUUUCUUUAGUUCUUUCUUUUCUUUUUCUUUUUUCUUUCUUUUCUUUUGUUCUUUCUUCUUUCUUUCUUUUUCUUUCAUCUUUCUUUUCUUUGUUCAUUCAUCUUUCUUUUCUUUGCAUUCAUUUUCUUUUUUAGCAUUCUUUUAUUUCUUUUCUUUAGAUUCUUUCUUUCUUUUCUUUUUUUUCUUUCUUUUCUUUUUUUGUUCUUUCGUCUUUCUUUUCUUUGCAUUUUUUCUUUUUCUUUGCAUUCAUUUCGCAUUCUUUUUGCAUUCAAUGAAUUUCUUUGCUUUUUUCUUUCUUUUCUUUACAUUCUUUCUUCUUUCUUUUCUUUUUCUUCUUUUCUUUACAUUCUUUCAUCUUUCUUUUCUUUGCUUUCAUCUUUUUUCUUUUUUUUCUUUAUGUUCUUUCUUCUUUCUUUUCUUUACAUUCUUUCGUCUUUCUUUUCUUUGCAUUCAUUUUUUCUUUAAAAUUCUUUCAUCUUUCUUUUCUUUUUCUUUAAACUUUUCUUUACAUUCUUUAUUCUUUCUUUUCUUUGCAUUCUUUCAUCUUUCUUUUCUUUGCAUUCUUUCAUCUUUCUUUUCUUUGCAUUUUUUUUUUCUUUUUCUUUACAUUUUUCUUUUUCUUUGUUCUUUGUCUUUCUUUUUAGGAUUUUACUUUUCUUUUUUUUUCUUUAUAUUCUUUCUUCUUUCUUUCCUUUGA